AUGCCUUCGAAAGCCACGGGGCGAUGGAAGACCCCUCUGCAGCUGACCAAGAGCAACGAUGAGUCAAGUUAUCCUGGGCUCACGCCCGCCAGCCCUGACAAGGGCUCCGCGUCCAAGACGCAAUACACCGAUACCCAAGAAGAGGAGAUGAUGGUCCUGCGGGCCAUCUAUGGUGACGAUUUCAUUGAGCACAAGGCCGCCAAUAGUGCCUGGCAACGCUCAGAGCCGUCCUUCGACAUCCGCCUCAAGGCCUUCUCUGACGAUGAACUCACUGUGACCCUUGGCGUUGUCCUGACGGUGACCUAUCCCAAGUCGAUCCCACUCCUCAGUCUGAAAGACGACACCAGCCUAGGCGAGUCUACUUUGUUCAAGGUCCAGAAGUUCAUCGAGUCCAAGCCCAAAGCCUUGGCUUCCUCAGGUCAAAGUGAGCCCAUGAUACAUGAGAUCGCCGAAGGUAUCCAAGAAAUCCUUGAAGAGGCCGCUUUGGUCAAAGCCCAAGGGUUGGACUUGCCAUCUCUGGAGGAAGAGCGAGCUGCCCAUGAGGCUGAGUUGGCUCGCCUUGCUCACGAACAUCAAUCAGAAGAAGACCGAAAAAAGCAGGAAGCCACAGCCGAAGAGGAACGUGUAAUGCAGAACAUGAUCCAAGAAGAGUUGAAACGCCAACGCAACAAGGAGAAGGAAUCCAGGAAAAGGGGCAAGCCGCAGCCAAUGGGUGUGAGCCUUUCGGAAGAGUCACAAGAUCUCGAAGACGGCAAGGUCGACUUCGAUGAGCCCUGCAAGAUCAGUGAUUUGGCAGGAAACGACGUGUACUUCACUGCCGUCUCAGGAAAAUCUGAGUACCGCCAAGGUUUGGUUGCGACCACUUAUACAGUGCGUGCCGUGCUGGCGCGAGGUCAGACUGCGCCUUCACUUGCUCUCAAAGAGGUUGAACUGAGGUCCAGCCAGAAGGAAGUAUCUCAUUUCAAAAAGCAACUGCUGAGUCUAGAGAACAAGUUGAAAUCAAUCAAGCAGCUCACACACCAGAACCUUCUCCAGUUGAUUGACUUCCGCAUUGAUCGUGAUCCUCGGGAAGCAGAGGCAUCACCAAACCGAAUCCUGCGGGUCUUGACACCACUGGCUGACAAAGGCUCGCUGGACGAGCUGCUUGAGCUCACUGGGCAAGUUUCUAUCAGGAAGGUUCGGUCAUGGACCACGGAUCUUCUGGCUGCAUUAGGCUACCUUCAUACCCAGGGGUUGGUCCACGAAGAUAUCCAUCCUGGCAAUAUCCUUCUCUUCCGAGAAAGUUCCGGUCAUGUGGUACCAAAGUUGGCCGAUGCGACAUUCCAACGAGAGCUGCAUAUAAUUUGCCGCAAGUCUCGCACGGUUUCAUCCCUCAAUUCUGCAAGAUCAACCUAUUGGCUCCCACCAGAGCUCGACAGCAACCCUGGCCCUGUCAACCAGAAGACGGACAUCUGGGAUUUUGGCGUAGUCUUCCUUCAAAUGAUAUUCGGGCUGGAAGUCUUUGAGAAAUACGAAAAGCCGUCCAUCUUGAUGGCCAGGCUUUCAUCUUCACUGCACGAACUCGUCGGCAAAUUCUUCAAGCAAGACCCCGGACGACGCCCUCGCGCACUUGAUUUACGCUCCAGCGAAUUCUUGGCCACGGAUGCUCCUAUAUACGCUGAGGAUGCGCACGAUCUUCUAUCCCCCUCUCAGUCCUUCGUGUCCUUCCCCAAUGGUGAUGGAUUCAGGAGACGAUUAGAUUCCACGGCCUUGGCACCUUCGUUCUCGAGGUUUAAAAACGAAUUCUAUGAAGAGGGCCGCCUCGGUAAAGGUGGCUUCGGUGAAGUCAUCAAGGUUCGCAAGAAGAUCGAUGGGCAAACCUACGCCAUCAAGAAGGUAGUAACAAAGGCCACAAAGAGUCUGACUACGCUGUUGAAAGAGGUAUCCACACUCUCUGCGCUCAGUCACCCUUCAAUUGUCAGGUACUAUGACUCUUGGACAGAGCAAUUGCCAGAAUCGCCAGAUACGGAGGGGGAAACAUCGACCGAAGGCUUCAGCACAAGGCAGUCUACUGAGACCGCUUCUCAUGAUAUUGACAUUCAAUUUGCUACAAGCACUGGUGGCUUGGAUUUCAUGUCUUCGGCCAACAUUGGAGACGGGUAUGGAUAUGAUGAUGAGUCCUCAGAUGAUGAAGAGGAUGACAUGGACAUGAAUGGACAUGACGAUGACGAAGAUCAUGAUGACGACGGUGUCGUAUUUGGCGUAUCCACGGCUGAUGACGAUUCCUCUUUGAAGAAUAACUUUCCAACAAUGCCUAAACGGACAAGAAGCCAUACGCAGUCAGGCUAUAAGGUUCUCUAUAUCCUCAUGGAAUACUGCGAGAAGAAGACUCUCCGUGACUUGAUAUCACAAGGUCUUUACCAGAAUACUGAGGAAGUCUGGCGCCUGUUUCGCGAAAUUCUAGAUGGAUUGAAUUACAUGCAUUCGUUUCACAAUAUCGUCCACCGGGAUUUAAAGCCAGAAAAUGUCUUCAUUAGUCGGGGAACAGAUGGUGUUGCGCAUGUCAAGAUUGGGGAUUUUGGUUUAGCUACGAGUGGACAAGUCGUUGCGGAAAACCGCGGGUCAGCGGACCCCAGCGGUAUGAGCAACGUCGGUACUGCCUUAUACUCAGCUCCAGAGAUGGAACGGGGUGGUGCAGACGAUCCGCCGCCGAGGAUUGACGACUCAAGGAAGUUAGAUAUGUACGCACUGGGUAUCAUCUUUUUUGAGAUGUUGUAUAAGCCAAUGGGAGGACACGAGCGAAUCAUUGUCUUGAACAACUUGAGGGACAAGACUCCGACCCUCCCAGCCGAUUUCCGACCCUCGGAUAAAGUGCAGACCGACAUUGUCCUUUCGCUUGUAACACACAAUGCAAAUCAGCGUCCCUCCAGCUCUGAUUUGUUGCGAAGUGGCAAGUUGCCGAUGGCAGUUGAGAGUGAAAGCAUCCAAAGGGCGCUCGCGGAGAUCUCGGAUCCUCUCUCUACCCAUCACCAGAAACUAGUAACAGCCAUGUUCUCGAAACCCACCGACAAGACCAAAGACUAUACCUGGGAUAUGUCAGCGCCGAAUCCGACUUCGACUGAGCUGUUAUAUCAAGGCAUAGUCAAAGAUGAGUUAACGUCGAUAUUCCGUCGGCAUGGCGCUGUCGAAGCCAACAGAAAUCCGCUUUAUCCUCGAUCGUCACAUUAUACACAGAAUGUGGUUGAGCUACUGGACAGAGCUGGAAGCGUGGUACAGCUUCCUUACGAUCUGAUGCUUGGGCAUGCAAGGGUUCUCGCCAAGCACACAGGCUCCUCUGAAGUCCCAAAGUCUUUCACUUUCGGGAAUAUAUAUCGUGACAGAAACAACGGUGGGCAACCGUCCAUGUUCGGGGAAGUAGGCUUUGAUAUAGUCUCAACGGAUACUCUUGAUCUUGCUUUGAAAGAAGCAGAGGUUUUCAAAGUUCUCGACGAGAUCAUCGAUGCUUUUCCGUCACUCAAUCAGAUGUGUUUUCACGUGGGACACUCUGACCUGUUGCACUUGAUCUUCGACUUUUGCGAUGUCGAUCUCAGUGUCAGAAAAGACGCAGCAGAGGUACUGAGCAAGCUCAACAUCCAUCAGUGGACGUGGCAAAAGAUACGUGCCGAGCUACGUGUGACAGGGCUGUCGGUCACCAGUAUCGAUGAGCUGCAACGCUUCGAUUUCCGAGAUACGCCAAACAAAGCUUUCUCUAGGUUGAAAUCAAUUUUUGAAGGCAGCCAGAUGUACGAAAGGGCUCAACCCACGAUUGCCCAUCUCAAGGAGGUUAUUUCCUUUACCCAACGCUUCGGCGUCCACAGCAAGAUAUAUAUCAACCCUCUCAGCAGCUUCAGGGAGGACUUUUUCGUCGGCGGUAUUCUUUUCCAGUGUAUCUACGACAAAAAAUUCAAGGACGUCUUCGCUGCUGGCGGUCGGUACGAUCACCUGAUACGGGAGCAUCGUCCUAGAAUGGGUAAUCAAUCUCACCAACGACACGCUGUAGGUUUCAGUCUGGCAUGGGAGAAGCUUGCCAGAAUACCUAAACCCACAGGAAAAGCAUACCUGAAGAAGGCCGAAUCUGAACCACAGGGUAUAUUCAACACUAAGAGGUGCGACUGCCUUGUUGCGAGCUUCGAUACAGGCAUCUUACGGACAGACGGAAUUGAGCUUCUGCAAACUUUGUGGGCUUAUGACAUCAGUGCUGAGUUGGCUCGUGAUUCACGUUCGCCAGAAGAUUUGUUGACAAAGCACCGUGACGAGAACUAUUCAUGGGUGAUCAUUGUCAAGCAAGACGCAGUGUUGAAGAUCAAGACAAUGGGACGCAGGGAUGUCCCCGAUGCCGAAGUGCCCACUCCACAGCUGUUGAAUUGGCUGAGAGCAGAGCUUCGAGAACGAGAUCGACACCUUGCAUCAAGGCAAAUCGAUGCCAAUAACAGUGUCGCCGCCCUGGAUAAAGCUGGCGCCUCUGGGAACUCAGAGCAGAAAGUCCAUGUCCUGGUUGCCGGGACAAAAUCGAAGAAAUUCAACCGACGUACAGUUGUGGAACAAGCGCAAACCAACGCGGCAGCCCUGGUACAUAAUUUCCUGGAUGGUCCAAUUGCUGCCGUCGAGGCCUCGGAUGUGGUGUUGGAUCUUAUCCAGGAUACUGCGCUUUCAGACGCUGAGAGCUGGCGCAAGGCCGAGCAGUCGGUGAACAUGGCAGAACGCAAGUAUAUGCGUGAGAUCCACGACAUGCUCUUGACGUGGCGGAAUGUGUGGCAGACUAAGAGCGGGAGCAGACAUGCCUUUGUAUACAACUUCAGGACGACAAAGUGCAUUUACUACGAUCUGAGUUCGUAG